GAAUUAGUAUUGUACAGUUAACUCUGUAGAGCCCUGACCGGUCCUACGACUACACAGGGAACGGUUCAAACACCAUUGAAUGUAAUUUAUUUUAGGCAUAUGUUUAGCAAACAUAUGCUGCAUUAAGAAUGAUUUUACACACACUUCGGCCAUCGACGCUUUGUCUGCUCCGAUGCACGAGGACGGUACCAGCCACCCUAUCACGACUCUACCACGGGGAUAGAGUAGCCACACUCGGCUCGCAGCCCGAUGCACAGUCGCCGCUUUUCCAGGAAAACUAUGAACGAAUGAAAGCACUUGUCCAGGAGCUGAAGGACAGGGCAGAGAAAAUCAAAUUAGGGGGUGGAGAGAAGGCAAGAAAACUUCAUACGUCUAGGGGGAAGCUGCUACCACGGGAGCGCAUUGACAAACUUCUGGACCCUGGGUCCCCCUUUCUGGAGUUCUCCCAGUUUGCUGCUUACCAAUUGUAUGGACAGGAGGAGGUCCCGGCAGGGGGCAUCAUAACGGGGAUUGGGCGAGUUUCAGGGGUAGAGUGUGUCAUCGUUGCGAACGAUGCCACGGUCAAAGGUGGCACUUACUACCCGGUCACUGUGAAGAAGCACCUCCGUGCCCAGGAAAUAGCUCAGCAGAAUCACCUGCCAUGCAUCUACUUGGUGGACUCUGGCGGGGCCAAUUUGCCGAGACAGGCGGACGUGUUCCCCGACCGGGAUCACUUUGGGCGGAUCUUCUUCAACCAGGCACGGCUCUCCUCUGAAGGCAUAGCGCAGGUAGCCGUGGUGAUGGGCUCCUGCACGGCGGGUGGAGCUUACGUCCCGGCCAUGGCAGACGAGAGCAUCAUCGUGCGGAAACAAGGAACCAUCUUCCUCGGUGGGCCUCCACUGGUAAGAGCUGCAACAGGGGAAGAGGUGUCUGCUGAAGACCUGGGAGGAGCUGACCUCCACUGCAGAAAGUCUGGUGUCACUGACCAUUACGCCUUAGACGACAGCCACGCGCUCCAUUUAGCUCGAAAAGUGGUGCGAAGCCUUAACUACCAGAAGAAACUUGAUGUCACCGUAGAGCCGCCCGAGGCACCCCUCUUCCCAGCCGACGAAUUGUACGGCAUCGUCGGGGAUAACCUGAAGCGGAACUUUGAUGUCAGAGAGGUCAUUGCGCGAAUUGUGGAUGGCAGUAAAUUUGAUGAGUUCAAGGCCUUCUAUGGAGACACACUUGUGACAGGUUUCGCAAGAAUAUUUGGUUACCCUGUGGGAAUCAUUGGCAACAAUGGGGUUCUGUUUUCAGAAUCCGCAAAGAAAGGAACACAUUUCAUCGAACUGUGCUGCCAGAGAAACAUCCCACUGCUGUUUCUGCAAAACAUAACAGGCUUCAUGGUGGGGAGAGAGUACGAGGCCGGGGGAAUCGCCAAGGACGGAGCCAAGAUGGUGACGGCGGUGGCCUGCGCCAACGUGCCGAAGAUCACGAUGAUCAUCGGGGGCUCGUACGGCGCCGGGAACUACGGCAUGUGUGGCAGGGCCUACAGCCCCAGGUUCCUGUACAUGUGGCCCAACGCUCGGAUAUCUGUGAUGGGUGGGGAACAGGCAGCCACCGUCUUGGCCACAAUCACGAAGGACCAGAAAGCGCGGGAGGGAAAGGAGUUCACAGCCGAGCAGGAAGCGGCCAUGAAGGAGCCCAUCGUGAGGCGCUUUGAAGAGGAGGGCAGCCCGUAUUACUCCAGCGCCAGGUUGUGGGACGACGGAAUCAUCGACCCGGCCGACACCCGUCUGGUGCUGGGACUGAGCCUCAGCGCGGCACUCAACGCCCCCACGCAGAGAACGCGUUUCGGCGUCUUCAGAAUGUGAUCUGCUGCGGAAACACAACCCCACGGCUUCAGGACGGCUGACUGACAAAGCUAAACCUACAGCACAUAGAUUUUUCAACUUUGUACUAACAAUAUACGGGGAGAUGGAUUUUUGUUGCACUUGUUCUGUAGUUAAUAUAAAUGAACCUAUUAAAAAAAUAAUAAUUAAACUUCAAUGUGAAA